AUGUCUCGUUUGCGAAGCUCAAAGAGGAUGCUUCAAAUGCCUGCAUUGCUUGAUGAACAAGGGACCACAACUUCAAGUGUUCCAAACACAUUCUUGGUUGCUUUCUCUUACUUUAACCUCUCCAUUUGUGAUCACAAACUAUUUGAAGCAGAUAUAUUGCUUCAGCUGAAUUCACUGGAUUCUCCUCCUGAGAGCAAAAAGUUCAAUGGCUAUCUUUAG